UCUUGUCUUAGGUUGACAAGUCUUGGUUUUUAAUCACUUCAGGCCAAACAACACAACAUCACACUAAGUUUACAAUCAAUCCCUUAUUAUAAAUAAAAGAGCUGUGAAUCCAUUCUAAUAACAAACUAAAAGCAAGGAAGCAAAAUAAAAAAUGGAGGUGAACAGGGCAGAGAAAUACAACGUUAAGAUUUGUCGCAAAGAGAUCACAGCAGCAGCAGCAGAAGCAGAAGCAAAGUCCCUGAAGGAGCGCUUCCUUUCUCUCUCUAACAUCGACCUUCUUAUUCCUCACGUAAACGUCGGAGUCUUCUUCUGCUACAGAAAGCCGUCUCCUUUGUUGUCCCCAGUCAAUAAUUUCUCCUCAAUGGUCGCCAAGCUCAAGUCUUCCCUUGCUAACGCGUUGGCCGUCUUCUACCCCUUCGCUGGCGAGGUGGUGCUGAACGCCGCCGGCGAGCCGGAGCUGCUAUGUAAUAACCGCGGCGUUGAGUUCAUCGAGGCUUACGCUGACGUGGGGCUCGAUCAGCUGGAUUUUUAUGAUGCGGAUGGAACAGUGGUGAGGAAGCUGGUGCCCAAGAAGAAGAAGGCCGAUGGCGGCGUUCUUACUCUCCAGGCAACAGAGAUGAAAUGUGGGGGAAUGAUUUUGGGUUGUUCAUUUGACCAUCGAAUUUCGGAUGCCUACACCUUCAACAUGUUUGUCAUCGCUUGGGCUGAGAUGGCGGUCGAUGCUAAAGAACUAUCAAUCGGCCCAAUCUUCGACCGCUCGCUUCUCAGUCCCCGUCAAGCAAACGAAGUUGUUUCUUUUGAACAAGACUUAAAACUAGACCAGCUAUAUGCGCAUGUCUCUAGCUACUCCCCCCAACCACCACUGUCACCAUCCGUAAUCCAAAACCCUGAUCAGUUGACCAUCAGCCGCAUAUACUACAUCGAAGCCAAAGAAAUCAACCGCCUUCAAUCAAUCGCGAGCUCUAACAGGUUGCGUCGUAGGACGAAGCUCGAGUCCUUCACCGCUUACUUAUGGAAGCUUAUCGCACGAGUUGGGAAGUCUGGUCAGGUUUGUCGGAUGGGUGUUGUGGUGGACGGAAGGCGGAGGCUGGGGUCGUCGAAAAUGAAUGCUUAUUUUGGGAAUGUGAUAUCUGUUUCCCAUUCUUUGUUGGGGGUGGAAGAAGUGGAGGGAAUGGGAAUCGAAGAAUUAGCGGAUGUGGUUCAUCAACUUGUGGUGGAGGUGGACAGGGAGGAACAUUUCAGGGGAUUGGUGGAUUGGGUGGAGGAACGGAGACCCGAAGUUUGUAUGUCUAAGAUUUAUAUUGAAGAAGGUUUGUCAGUGUUGGUUUCAUCGGGGAGAAGAUUUCCGAUUGCGGAUGUGGACUUUGGGUGGGGGAAGACGAUGCUUGGCUCUUACUAUUUUCCUUGGGAGGGGAAGGGUGGAUAUGUCAUGCCGAUGCCGAUGAGCGGGGACAAGGGGAAAGACGGUGAUUGGCUUGUCUACGUGUAUUUGUUGGCAGAGAUCAUUGAGGUGUUGGAGACUAUCGGCGCUGACGUUUUCCGACCGAUCACUAGCAAUUACCUAUUUUCUUCACAAAAGUAAGUUGGUCUACUUAUAGUUUGAUGAGAUAUUUGUAAGGAGUUAAUUUCAUUAUCAAUGUGUUGCAGGAAAUAAGUAUUGUCUGCGUUGGCUAUUGAAAUAAUUAUUAUAAACUAUUGUAAGAGAACUAUGUUGUAGUUUCAUAAUUUCAAUCAUAUCUACAUACAUUAUGCUUUAAAGCAUUUCUAUUA